ACAGAUAAGUAACAGCGUAGAAAGGCUUCACUUCCGGAAACACCAAAAAUGGCGACAUGCUGUACACCGGCAUCUCUGAUUCUAACUUACGCUGCUUCUACUGUACACCCACAGGACCUCACUCCCUCUUUUCUCUCUUUCAAGCCUAAGUCCAACUCACCCACUUCAUCUCUUUCCCUGUUCGUGCUCAGAGCUUCAAGCCCGAGAAAGCUGUGCAAAUGGGUUCAAAUAUCUUCCAAGCCUGACCCUUGUCGUGUGGCUGUGUCUGCGUUAGCGACUGAGACUGAUGUGGUGGAGGAUGUGGAAGCGACGGGAGGAGAAGCUGCCGUGGCGACUACAACCACUGCUCCUCCGCCUAAGCCAAAGAAAGGGAAGGCUGCAUUGCCGCUCAAGAGAGAUAGAACGAGAUCUAAGAGAUUCCUGGAAAUUCAAAAGUUGAGGGAGAACAAGCAAGAAUAUGAUGUGAAGACCGCAAUUUCUUUGCUAAAGCAAAUGUCAAACACAAAGUUUGUGGAGUCAGCUGAAGCUCAUUUUCGCCUCAACAUUGACCCUAAAUACAAUGAUCAACAGCUAAGAGCAACAGUCAAUUUGCCCAAAGGAACUGGGCAAACUGUUAAAGUGGCUGUUCUUGCUCAAGGUGAAAAGGUCGAUGAAGCAAAGAAUGCUGGAGCAGACAUUGUUGGGGGUGAUGACUUGAUUGAACAGAUAAAAGGAGGAUUCAUGGAGUUCGACAAAUUAAUUGCUUCUCCAGAUAUGAUGGUUAAGGUUGCUAGCUUGGGAAAAAUUCUAGGACCGCGGGGGCUCAUGCCAAAUCCGAAAGCUGGUACUGUCACAACAAAUAUACCUCAGGCAAUAGAAGAGUUCAAGAAAGGGAAAGUUGAAUACAGAGCAGAUAAAACUGGAAUCGUGCACAUACCUUUUGGAAAAGUCGACUUUUCUGAAGAAGACCUCGUUAUAAACUUCCUUGCUGCCGUAAAAUCCAUUGAAACAAACAAGCCAAAAGGUGCAAAGGGAGUGUACUGGAAAAGUGCACACAUAUGCUCCUCAAUGGGUCCUUCCAUUAGGUUGAAUAUACGGGAGAUGCUCGAUUACAAGCCUCCUUCUGACGCCUGAACAAUGUAAUUAACACCUGUAAAUGAUGUCUCCGACCUCUCAAUCAACUUCAUAGGUAUCAGUCUCAUGGUUCACCACUGCUUACUAAGCAAAGAGAUCCAGAGAGCACGUGGGGUGAAAAGAGGAGACUGAUUAUUUUGUUGUUUCAAAACGAUGUGUAAGAAAACCAUGCAUUUUUUGCAUAGUCUCCCUUGAUGCAGAUUGAGAGGCUCUUGUAUCUGAAAUACGACCAAUGUUUGUCAGUUUUA